GCAUGUCGGCACAGGGCGACAGACAUAUCAACGACGCUAAUCUGAUGCGGGCCCGAAACUGAUGACAGGAAGACGCCUAGCUCUGGUGCCUUUAGCUAAAAGCGUCUUUUUUUCGGGAGAUUUGAACUCUUGUAAACUAUCCAUUUGAGCCUUUAUAGCCACCGUCAACAUGACAGUUCGAGGAGGUCCAACCUUGUAAAACCGACGUGACCAUCUUGGCCACCUCUUAGCUUAACUUUCGAAGCUGAUCUUAGCCACGCGUUUCCGUCCAUUGAAGUCCCUGGGUCGAAAUGAAGUUGGGUUUCGACUCGAGGAGUGAUUCCUCUGAUAAAAGGACACACAAGUCAAAAGGAAAAGCGCUUUUCAAAGCAGCACGGCCGCAAAAAUAAACACCCAUGCUAACCAUGCUAACGGCUGCACUUCCUCGGGGCCUAGAGGCGGUUCGGUUCUACUGCUGCAAUGUUUACUUUUGAGCUCAAAGUCAACACCAGCGUCAUGCCGCAGUUCACCGAAGGACCCGUCAACGCUGAUUUCACCGGAGUCCUUCAGACGCCCUUCACAUUCGGCCUGAAUCAGCGAGCCCCGUACACGGCCGGCGACCGCUGCCUCUUGUGCCGCUGCGAGCGCAGCAAAGACGGGCCGUGGCCCUCGGAGGCGGGACUCCCCGACCAUCGGAACGGCGCGCCCGAGUCCGGCCAGCCGCCCGCCGCCCUCCCGCUGCCAAUGUGGGUGUGCUCGGACUGCCGGCGCACCGUGGAGAAGGAGGACCGGCACACUGCGCUGGAGCAGCUGGGGAGUCAGGACUUUCUUUUGCACAUGCCCGUGGGUAACGGCACCCUGGGCCCAGACGCGGCGGCGGCGGCAGCGGCGGACAGACUGAGCGUGCCCACGCCGCCCAUGCUCCCCGCCCCCGACCUCGCCCCGCCCGUACCCGGCGACACCGCGUGCGGCUGCGAGGCCUGCAACGAGAGGCGAGAGCUCUCGGCAGAGUCGGAACGGGAGUCGCAGCAACUGCAGAAGCACUGGUCGGAGGUGCGCUACCUGGUGCGCUGCAUCUACCGGCAGGCCGGGACGCCGCUGGCGGACGACCGUGACCAUCCGCUGGAGCGAGACAAGGACAGCAUGAAGGCGCUGGUGGACAGCCAAUGCAUGACAUCAUCAACCUCCGUCCUCAGACUCUGCGAGAAGGACCCCUACCAGCUAUACCAGCGUCUGGAGCAGCAGGCACGCGAGUACGUGCUGGAGAUGAAGGUGCGGCUCCUCAAGCACCUCUCGGCCGGCUCCAAGACGCCCCCGGGUCCCGCCGGGGCGGGAGCCGCGGCGGGUCCCCCGCAGGCCCACCAGUUUGUGUCCCUGCUGCUGGAGGAGUACAGCGCCCUCUGCCAGGCGGCGCGCACCAUCAGCGGCUUCCUGCUCACUCUGGAGAAUGAGCACCUCCAGAAAUUCCGUGUGACGUGGGAGCUGCACAACAAGCACCUUUUUGAGAACCUGGUCUUCUCGGAGCCCAUCUUGCACAGCAGCUUGCCCGCACUUGUUGCACAGCUCAAACACGGCACGGCCUCGCACGACUCGUACAGCGUGGACAUGUACAGGACCUUGCUGGAGAGCUACCAGCGGCUGGAGCAGGACAUGGCGAGCGUGGCCGGCCAGUGGCAGGAGUGCGAGGAGCGGAUCGACGACUACGUCGAGGAACAGUUAUUGUUCAAAGUGGAGGGCCAGAGUUUUACCAACCAAAGAAGCGAGCCGCACAAGUCGCCGGUUGGCAAAAACACUCUAAAGACGAAGCAGCGACUGCUCAAAGAAGACUGGGAGUUCUUCAAGCAGCGGCGAUACGUGGAAGAGCAGUUGCCCAACAAUAAGAAGCUGCCGUGCGGGGACAACUUCACAGACACCAUGAGAAUGCUCUCGUCGCGUCUCAGCAUUCCGGACUGUCCCAAUUGCAAUUAUCGGAGAAGGUGCACGUGCGACGACUGCAGCCUCUCGCACAUCCUGACGUGCGGCAUCAUGGACUCGCCCAUCUCGGAGGACCUCCCCAUCAAGCUGCAGGGCGACAGCGCCCCGCAGGACUACCUGACCCAGGUGCACCCGCCCAGCCUCUCCUCGGGCAGCUCGCCGUCGGGCUCCAACUCCAGCUCCCCCAUCACCGUCCAGCGGCAUCCCCGACUCGUCCUGCCCGCCGGGGACGGCAACACUUUUGUCAGCGACGACGACGAAGUGCCUCCAAUGUCCGCCAAGUACGGGGACAUGUACCCGGUCAGCGGCUACCAUGACAACGGCGUGGCGACGCUCAACGGACACUGCGGCGACGUGAACGGCGGCGUCAGCGCGGCGCAAAAUGCGGCGUCACCACGCAUCAGCAGCAGCUGUAGCUCGACGGACGGCGAGGAAGAGGAGGUGAGCCGGCAGCAGGAGACCAACAGUCCUCCUCCGUCGUACAACCACCAGCAGCAGCAGGUACAAGUGGAGCAGGUCCAGCACGCGUGCGAGUGCCACGUGUGUAACCAAGACCCCAGUGCCUCUGGCAACAUCCUGGGCCCGGCCGGAUGCCUCCCCCCCGGGCAACUCCACUCGGCGCCUCCCCCCGCCGCCUUGGGCAACCAGUUCUUCACCACGGACAACGGCAAGAUGGCGGCGACCAACCCCGCCCGUCCCUCCCUCCACCUCUACCCGCACAUUCACGGACACCUGCCAUUGCACAACUUCUCCCGACCGCUGCUGCACCCCACUCUUUACCCGCCCAGUCCUCCCCUCACGCACAACAAGCCUUUGCCACCCAACCUCACGACCAACCACUCGGCUGCCAAGCAGCCGGCCUUCGGCCCCGGGCCGCCCGAGCAUGUGUACCAGAACAGCUUUGGCGUCGGGGGCAACGGAGGAGACGGCGGCGAUUGCGGCGACGGCGGCGGCGGCGGAGGCAACGCGGGCGACUGGAACAGCUCGCUGCCGUGCCUCUCGCUCAACUUUGAAAGCCUGUGGGACGCUGCCGUGAUGAAGAGCUUGGAUCAAUCAAUCAGUCAAGUGCUGCUGCCAGAGAUGCUUCAAGGGGAAAUUCUGGACCCUCCCCUGGCCGACGUCCCUCUCCCGCCAACGCCGGCGGUCCCCCAAGCGGACCACCAUCACCACCACCACCCCUUGCUACCCGCCACCUCCGUCCCCCACCCGUCGUCGUCGUCGUCCUCGUCCCUGUCCUCGUGCUCGUCGUCCGAGGCCCGCAAUCAGAAAAAGAGCGGCGCCAAGAAGAAGUGUCUGUACAACUUCCAAGAUGCCUUCAUGGAGACCAACCGGGUGGCGAUGGCGACGUCGGCGUCCAUGGCGUCCGUGUCGUGCACCGCCACCACUGUCCAGUCAAGUAAUAACCUACCUAUCCACCUAGCAUCUAAAACCUCCUUAGAUGACGUAUUUCACAGUUUAGGUAAAGAGGACCACAGGCAAGUCUCCCCGGCCGCCCCCCGAAGCAACCCCGGCACGCUCCCGUCGCUUUCUGCUCCUUCCCUUCCGCCGGCCCCCGCCCCGCACCUCCCCGCCAUGGUGCCGCAGUCCUUCCCCAAAAUGGCCGCCCCCGCGCCGGACCUGGGGGAGAUCCACCCCGGGCUGUGCCUGCCGCCGGCCGAGCCGGCCGUCUCCUCGUCGGACGGUCCGCUCAGCGCCCCGCCCAGCGUCUGCAGCGAUCCCGAAUGCGAGGGUCACCGCUGCGAGGGGAACAGGGCGUACGAGCACCCGCCCUACGACGGCGAGGAGAGCCAGGAUGAGGACAGCUGUUCGGAGCACAGCUCCUCCACGUCCACCUCCACCAACCAGAAGGAAGGAAAGUACUGUGACUGCUGCUACUGCGAGUUCUUCGGGCACGGCGGGCCUCCGGCGGCGCCGACCAGCCGCAACUACGCGGAAAUGCGCGAGAAGCUGCGCCUCCGCCUUACCAAACGCAAGGAGGAGCAGCCCAAACGCGAGGAGCAUCAGCCGGCGCCCGAGCGCGACGGCACGGGCGGCGGCGGCGGCGUGGAGGACCACCGGCGGGUGGAGGACUUGCUGCAGUUCAUCAACAGCGCCGACAGCAAGCCGGCGUCCAGCUCCAAAGCGGCCAAGCGGGCUCGCCACAAACAGAAGAAGAUGGAGGAGAAGGCCCGGCAGGAGGCCGAGGCGCAGCAGGAGGAGCAGCGCAGGCGGCAGGAAGAGGAAGAGGCGGCGCUCCAACGCGAGCUCCUCCGGCUGCAGGAGCACUGCACGGCCAAAAAGAAGAAGAAGGACAAAGCCAAGGAGAACACGGCGCCCGCGCCAAACAACGGCAACAACCCGCAGCCUCUCAAGCAGACAGCCCAGAACGUGCUGGACCACCUGCGUAACGGCAAGUCGCACCUGCUCCAGAGCUUCAUCUGCCCCAAGGACCUCCGGCCGGAACCCCGAGCCAACGACCAGCACGGCGAGCGGGGCUUCUCGCACCUCCACAACGCCGACGGCAAGGUGAAAGCCAAGCCGGCGGCCAAGCUCGCGGCUUGCGAGCACGCUCCCGUCAAGAAGGAGCCGGAAGCCAACGGCGCCGUCAACCCCGCAGAGACCAAAGCCACGCGCAGCGGGCCCGUCGAGGCGCCCGCAACUCCCUCCUCGGAAGCCAGGAGCAGCAACCGGAGCGCCAGUGGGAAGAGGCAGCUGAAGGAAGAGCACCGGCGCAGCCCGCUGGCGUCCAACCCCUCGCCGCCGCCGCAUCCUCAUCAUCCUCCCCCCUCCCAGUCGGAACACACGGAGCAGAACGGUAAACCCCCCGGCGCAGAGUCCCCCCAACCCAAAGGCAAAGCCAAGAAGAACAAAAAGAAGAAGGGGGACAAGAUGAACACCUCCAUAGAUGACGUGUUCCUGCCCAAAGACAUCGAUCUGGACAGCACCGAGAUGGACGAGACGGAGCGAGAGGUGGAGUAUUUCAAAAGGUUCUGUUUGGACUCGGCCCGGCAGACGCGUCAGCGGCUGUCCAUCAACUGGUCCAACUUUAGCUUGAAAAAGGCCACCUUCGCAGCACACUAAGUUCAGCCCAUCCCUCCGAAACAAGCCCACCACGCGUCUCCCCUUUAUACGUUCACUCGCCACCCAUCGACCUUUCACCCCCCCCGACUGUUUCUCUCCUGACGCUGCCUUGCUUUUUUCCUUCCUUGGUUCCUCCCACGCCCGAACGGACCUGCUGAACUGGGAAGGGAAGCAAAAUCCGGAAUUAGCGCCCCCCGCGUGCUUGUUUUGCUUUUCGGCGGCCAUUUUCUCUGACUGAACAAGCCAUGGUCUGAUAUGAUUACGAGAAAGUGGAGGAAAGAGAAUUAUUAUUGUUAAUUAAAAAGCUGUAUUUGA